GUAGAAGCCAAUGUGACAUGUGAGAACACCGGCCAUGGAGCCUCAGAACAUUACCAUGGCAGAAGGACUGCCCAGUGACGCAAAGGGGGCGGUACUGAUGCCCAGUGACUCCCUACCUGAAGGCACGCCCCAGGUCAUGGGUUAUGACUUUAAUCGUGGGGUCAACUAUGAGGCUCUGCUACAGAGUUACAUGACCACUGGAUUCCAGGCCCUGCACUAUGGCCAGGCCGUACGGGAGGUCAACAACAUGCUAGAGACAAAGCUUUCAUCCCCUGGGGGAUGCGUCAUCUUACUGGGAUACACUUCCAAUCUGAUCAGCUCCGGCGUGCGAGAGAUCAUCCGAUACCUGGCAGAACACAAGAUG